ACAGCUGAUUUGCAACCCGCUGAAGAAACAGCAGAGAAGAAGGGAAAAUGUCGCUGGCUUCGACGCGGACCGUUCUAGGAUCAGUGUCCUUUUAGGAAAAACUAGAAGGCAUUUCGAAUGGCAUUUCUGCUGUAUUGUUGCCAUGAAUGAAUGCAAGUGUCGCACAUCGGGACAAAACAAGGGAAAAGUAAAAGUUUAGGUUUUACCUGAACGAUAAGGGAGUCAGCAGGCAUAUGUUCCCGUUUUAACUGUAACCAUUUAAGCCCAUAAUAGUAUACUGUAACACUACAUGGGCCUCUAAGGCAAUCUGAACUGACAAUUAAAGCCUCUUCUCCUGCUGCAGUUAGCAAGGUAAUAUUUCAACAAAGACAUGGACCCAUCUGCCCGAAUGGUGAGCCUGGAUAACCAGGGGAACAUGGUUUUCACAGUUGUAAAGCCAGUUAUGGGCAUAUUUCAGGUGUCUUCAGAGCAAACUGGCAGUGCUCCACAAGGGAGCAUGGGUCUACAGGGUUUAGCUGAAAGCACAUUAGUCCUCCCUCAGGCACAAGGUCAGCCUCCACUAGACCAGAACCAGAUGGAAAUGAACACCAUACAGCCUCAUAUUCAGCCUCUGAUGCAGGUUUCUGCCCCAGUCCAGACUGAGGAUUUACCUGCGAAUCAGGAUCUCCCACAAAGCUCAAGCGAAAAUACAGAGUCCGCUAGCCAGAUCGCAUUUGCUGAGGUUUCAUCACUCCUGGAUCCCAACAUGAAGGGAUCAAAAGCUCGGAAAUAUCUCAUCCCAUAUGAUGAAAUUAAAAGGCGUCUGCAGGCUCCAGAAAAGAUGUCCCUGCGGUCUUUGGCAGCGUACACUCGGGUCAGCAGAGGACCAGCCAGCAAGAAAACACUCCUGGAGUCGCUUAAUGUACUCGGCCUCACGCCAAGCACAACUACCUCUGUAUCCUCGUCCUUCUCCAAACUCACUGAAGGUGACACCAGAGCUCUGUGUGACGAUAUGAAGGAUUUUGCCCAUGACUACAUUGACUAUGGCAACAUGGCAAAGCAGCUUAUCCCAGAGACAAAUACAGUUCAACACUGGUCCAAAAUUAUUGAAACAAAGAACCAUCUUGAGGACAUGAGAAAGUGUUUUAGGGACCCGGUCAACAGUGGUGCAUUCGACAACGUCACUCAUGGCCUCGGUCUUGGAAUGCUUGAUGUUGCACUGGACAUGAUUGUUAUGGUAAUUGAACAGCAGAUUCGCAUCCUGUCUGGUGUCGCAGCAUCUGACCCGGCCGACUCAGGUCCACAAAUGCGCCGUGUCCGCAGGCGCCACCGCAAAACUCGCUCGAUGGACAAUGAGAAGCUUCAUAAGGUGUCUGGAGGGGAAAAAGAACAAGGAAAGCUCAUUUCAAAAGCCAAAGGUCGAAUCAGAGCCAAGAAGAAGCUCAGACAGGAAACUGUAGCUUCUGGACCUGUGGAGACCCAGGCAGAGCAGUGUAAGCCAGAUGGUGUGGAGACUAAUGUCCUCACUCUGGUCUCUGUAGGUUACGAGACUGUUUCCAGCGGCCUCGGUUCAGUUGGACCUGUUUGAUACUUGCUCACAUGAUAAGUAUAAAGACCCAUUCAUAGUGCUGUUCAAACUGAUUCUCAGCGAUUGGACAGAGGUCAGGGUAAAUUAAGCUCUCCACUGUAAUGAGCGCAAAAUCAUCACAACAUGUUACAUAUUGGUGUCAGGCUUUAUUCACUUUCUUCCAGAAAGUUGUAAUAUGUAGUCAGAGCCACAGCUGGUUAACCUACCUUAUCAGUAAGGCUGGAAAUACACACAGGCUUGAUGGCUUUUUUUUUUUAUAUGUAUUUUGUUUCAAAGGUGCAUAUUUAACAUGCCCAAAGUUUAAAAUAAAGAGGUCAGCAUAUUUACAAGUAAAGCUCAGGCUUCAGCCACUCUAAAACACUGAAUAUUUUGCACCCACCUUCUGUUAAAACCUUGUGUUUGCAAAGAGCAGAAACUCAAGACAAAGGUAGGAUAGCUGUGAAUUCUUCAAAGCUGUUGUAGUAGUCAUGAAAUAAGAAAUACUAUAGCUGAAAAUGGGCACAAUAGGAUUUAACAACCCCCUCUAUUAUUUGUUCAAUCCAUGCACAAAAACAAGUGUGACAAGACAAAGUUUUCAUGGCACUCUGUGCAAUAGUUUGUUUUUGUUUUGUUUUUUUAUCUUAUUAAAGCAAAGUAAAUGAAAUAUGGCUUUAACCUUAUGUUUUGUUUCAUUUGGAUGGACUUUUUGAAAACUGUUUGGACUUUCUGUGCUUAGUUCGGCAAUCUGGUGAAAUUGCUGCAUGUUUACUGUGUACCUGAUACAGCUGUGGUGUCAGUCAUCUCAUCUCAGCCUUUGCAAGAAAGCCAAUAAGUGCAUUUUCCAAAAUCUCUAGAUAUCUUUUUAAAUUGAUCAUUUGCUGCUUCAGUAACAGGUUUUGUUUCUUGGUAUCAGUUAGAAUCCAAUCAUACAUUAUUUUUUCAGUCAACUGAACAGCUGGUACAUGGAUAAUAUCAAAUAUAGAUUAUAUUUUUUUGGCUUGUGUUACAUUGUCUCCUGUUUUAAUGUUGUAUUUAUUCCUUAGAUUUUCACGUCUGUACUAGAAUAAUGGAAAUAGAGGUUUUUACUUGAGUUGAGUAAAACAGGAUGAUCUAGUUUUAAG